AUCUCCUCCUUCAAAAACUAAAACCGUGUUCAACUUAAACUAAAAGCUUCUGAAUGUCACCACACAUAAACACUGCAAAACUAAUGAUUUAAAAUAGACAUUUGUUCCUUUAUUCAUUUUUUUUAAUUACAAAGGUAGAUAUAUUUGUUUAAGAGAUUACUAAGAUGGUGGGUACAUAUUGCAUAAAUUAGCACUGUUGCUCUGCAAGGAGAGUUAAUGGAGAAAGAGGGUGUUACCAUUACCAUUACCAUUACCAUUACCACUACAACUAGAGUUGCAGAGUUCAGGGGUUUCCUUGGAGUAGCAUUAAAGUCUUGAGGAGAGAAACAAAAUAAAAGAUAAAAAAGAUCUGAGUGUUUGUAUAAUAAAUGGUUUAUUUUUGUGAUCUAUAGAAGUGAUCAUUUGAUCUGAAACAGAGCAUAAAGAUGGUUUACUUUCGUCAGAUUCUUCUCAUGAUCAUUGUGCUAGUGAUAUCAUUACAAUGCUGCAACGUUUUUGCUGAUACUAAAGAGUUUGAUGACUGGAAGACGUUAACGGUUGCAAACGGCGAGAGAUACCGGACCCAGAUCGGAAAACUCGUCGGAGUAGACGGAGGCGAGAAGAAAAAGCUUCAUGUUUUGGAAAAGUUCCGAGCUUUACUCUGUUUGAUCAAACCCUCUACUCUCCGGCGAAGAAACCUCGCGACAUCUGCUUCUCUAGCUCCUUGGACGGCGCCGUCACCGUCACCGUUUCCAAACGGUGGUCCAGUGGAGUCUCCCGCGUACUCUCCAGCUCCUCAGCGACCAAUCCCUCCUCAUCUCCGUCGUCCGUUGCCUCACCGGACUCAUCAUCCAUCGAGACAUCGCGUGGCUCAAAGACGAAAACACGAAAACAGAGGAGCGUUAACACAUAUCGUCGUUUCAAUAGCUUGUGGAAUCGGUUUCUUGGUUUGUGUUGUCGGAGUGUUAUGUCUCUACGCGAGAAGAAGGAAGAAGAACGGUAAAACGCCGUCGUUUCAGAGCUCGACGAGGAAGGUCACUAUAAACCCUACACUCGACUUGGAGAGACAGAGCUCUGUUUCUACUAAAGAAGUACGAGAAACAGAGAAGGACGUGAAGCAUAAAAACGGUGUAUUGCUUGAAGAGGACGUUAAGACAGAGAUUUUAUCAGAUUCGGACAAUGCUAGUAGCUACUCGACGCAAGAGAUUGUGUCGGUGCAUGAAAAAGAUGAUGAGGAACAAACAGUGGACUCUGUUUCAGGUCCUGUUGUUAGCGAUGGAUGCGACUCUUCAGAUGAUAAUGAGUCUUUUCAUUCCGCUGGUGGUGGCUCUCACUACUCAGAUCCAAGACUCUCAAAUGCUUCUUCUUCUGUUGGAUCCUCUCAACGCUUCGCAGAACGCUCCGGAAUCUCUCCACCACCACCACCGCCACCGCCACCUCCACCACUUCCGCCACUCUCGAACAGAGGACUUGACACUCUGUCUUUGCCAAAACCGGCUGAUCUGCAGACGCUUUCUUCGCAGUUAACCGCAAAAGUUUGUGCUUCUUCUUCCUCAGACCCAAGUCAUCCAUCCACACCACCGCCGCUACGGCCACCGCCACCACCGCCGCUACCGUCAAAACAACCUCAAGUAGUGAACAAAGCACCACCACCUCCUCUGUCUCUAGAUUUUUCUCAGCGUAGACCGUUAGGUAAAAAUGGAGCUCCAUUGCCUAAGCUGAAGCCACUUCAUUGGGAUAAAGUCAGGGCUACACCGAACCGGACUACGGUCUGGGAUAGGCUCAGAGCAAGCUCUUUUGAAUUUGAUGAAGAGAUGAUUGAGUCGCUAUUUGGACACACAAUGCAAAGCUCGACAAAGAAUGAAGAAGGGAAGUGCAAAACUCCAUCACCAGGGAAACAUCUUCUUGAACCUAAAAGACUUCAGAACUUUACUAUUCUCUUGAAAGCACUCAAUGCAACCGCUGAUCAAAUAUGUUCUGCCUUGGGGAGAGGGGAAGGCUUGUGUUUACAGCAAUUAGAAGCGUUGGUGAAGAUGGUACCGUCUAAAGAAGAAGAGCUGAAGCUGUGUAGCUACAAAGGAGAAGUAGAUGAGCUUGGCUCAGCUGAGAAAUUUCUCAAGGCGCUUGUAGGAGUUCCAUUUGCGUUUCAAAGAGCUGAAGCAAUGCUUUAUAGAGAGACGUUUGAAGAUGAAGUGGUUCAUCUCAGAAACUCCUUCUCAAUGCUUGAGGAAGCUUGCAUGGAGCUUAAGUCAAGCAGAUUAUUCUCGAAGCUUUUAGAAACUGUACUUAAGACUGGAAACAGGAUGAAUGUAGGAACCAUACGCGGUGGCGCAAAGGCCUUCAAGCUUGACGCUCUGCUCAAACUCUCUGAUGUGAAGGGCACAGAUGGGAAGACAACUCUGCUCCACUUCGUCGUGCAAGAGAUAUCUAGGUCUGAGGGAAUCAGAGUUUCAGACAGCAUCAUGGGACGGAUAAUGAACCAGAGAACAAACAAGAACAGAACAGCCGAGGAGCAAGAGGAGGAUUACAGAAGGAUGGGGCUAGAUCUUGUCUCCGGCCUUAACAAUGAGCUAAGAAACGUGAAGAAGACGGCAACGAUUGAUAUGGAAGGACUCGUUAGCUCGGUGUCGAAUCUGAGAGAUGGGCUAGGGGAAUUGAAAUGUCUAGCGAGAGAGAAGCUGAAAGGGGAUGAAGGAAACAGAGCAUUUGUUUGUUCAAUGAACUCGUUCUUGAGAUAUGGAGAGAAGAGCUUGGAAGAGUUGAGAGAAGACGAGAAGAGGGUGAUGGAGAGGGUUGGCGAGAUCGCUGAGUAUUUUCAUGGAGACGUGAGGGGAGAUGAGAAGAACCCUUUGAGGAUCUUUGUGAUUGUUAGGGAUUUUCUGGGGAUGUUGGAUCAUGUUUGUAGAGAGUUGAGGUGUGUUAGGGUUCCUAACAGCCCUAGCCCUUUGGCUCCGUUUAGAUGAGUAUUGAAUCUUGAUGUUUAUGAUAACAGAGUGGUUUUGUGGUUUA